UUAGACUAUUGUUAACUCCACACCCAGCAAAAUCAUCAAGCGAAUCCCUAUUUAAUAAACCAAUCACUUGGAAUAUCAACGGCGGAAAUCAUUCUGUUUUGGGCGACAUGACAAGUGUCAUCCUACUUUGAUUAUCGAGUAUUUUCUUCAUCAGAAUUAUAUCAAAAUGGCAGUUCGUGAGAUACUAAUAUUUAUGCUAAGCCUGGCCUAUUUCAUUCAUACGUCAGCAGGUGGAUCGUUCGUGGUCGACCCGAGUGAUGCGGCAAGCGCACGAGGUGCGACCACUAGAUUUUUAUGCACCGUAUCUAUCGGAGACGAUGAGGAAGUAUAUUGGCACUUUGAGCCUAGUGGCAGUAACUCUGGAGACGUGGCAACCAUUGGCCCUUUCACUAACAGGAAUCCAACAGCAUUCCCGCAAUAUAGGAUCACAGGCGAUUCCUCGAAUGGUAUUUACAACUUGGAAAUAUCGGAUACUAAAAUUACAGACAAAGGAAAGUAUUCCUGUCUGAUUGUCAAGGGAAGUAUGACUAUGAUGAAAGAAGCUGAACUGACGAUGGUUAGGGACAACACUGACCGACCAAGUGGCCCGGCAACAUGCAAUAACGGCAAUCUGACGAAAGACAACAAUGAAGGUGAUGUGGUGAACAUAUCAUGUACGAUUACCGGUGGCGUUCCGCUUGCGAUUCUUCAGAUUGUCAGGAUCCGAGAGACCAGCAGUCAUGAGGUUGUUUCUAGUUCAACAUCGAUAGCUGGUGAUGCCGUCACGGAGACAGCUAUAUUUACAAUGUCUUCCGUUGAUCACAACGCUAGGUUCCAAUGCAUUGUACUGCAUCCAGAUAAGACUGAAAUUGGGAGUUUUUCUUGUGACUUUUCCCCCAUCAAUAUUCAGGUUACUUUUGCGCCGGUUGUGAGCAUAUAUCCAUCUGAAUUGUUAAUUGAUGGUAACGAUGACAACAAAGUGAUUACAUUGACAUGUGAUGUAAACGCGAACCCACAGGAAGACUCUGUUACCUGGGACUAUCAAACAAAGAUUUCGACAGCCGAAGUAAACGGCGCUGAACUGAAGUUUACGGGCGUGCGCGAGAGUUACAUUGGUGAAACCAUUACAUGCAAUGCGCGAAACAGUAUAGGUUCCAGGAACGAUAGUAUUACCAUAAAAGAAUCAGAUAAUUUACUUCCAUUUGAUACCUACAUCCUCUUUAUAAUCAUAGCCGGUGGAUGCUUGCUAUUUUUCCUAUUCGUCUGUCUGAUUAUUGUCUGCUGUUGUCAGAAAGAUGACGAUGCUUCCGAUGAUAAGAAUUUACGCUACCAAGUGAACGAUUCGCGGCCUACAUCCAUGCGCCAGCAAGAAAUGACGAACAAUGAUGAAAUUAUCGACGGGUUUGAUAGUGAUAACUUCAGUGGAGGGUCUGAAGCUAACCUAGUUCGGGACGAAUCCAAAAAGAGUCGUGCUUCCGCGAGAUCGACUGGUACUGAUCGAGCCGACAAUAGAUCGUCUGUGCGAAGCAAUGACUAUAUAAAUGAUGUUAACACGUUUGAAAAUAGUGCUUAUUCACCUGACGAAGAUGAAUUGAAUGAUACACCGCUUUAUUAAAACACAAAAGAAUCAGUCGUUUUCUGGAAAAAGAAAUACACUGAAAACAAUAUAUACACGUAUCAUCGUUUGUCUGCCAGAAUCAAAAAUGUUCAACUUGAUCAAAAAUUACAAGGUGGAUUCAGACAUCUAAUCAAACGACUCGUGUGCUUUUUUCCAUCUGUUGAAUGUGAGGCGAAUAUACGCGCUUAUCCCAUAAACGCAUGCGUUGUCCACAAACUCACGUGUUUACUUGCGUUUACAAAGGGCCGGAUCCAGAGAUGUCCGAAAGUGGGGCCGAUCGAGAUAACACUACCCCUGGGGGUACGGGGCAUGCCCCCGCGAAAUCUUUGUUUUCUAGACACACAAAAAUAACUUCUAAUGCGUUUUGGGCGAUCAAUUUAUUUUUUCCCCUUUUUUUUUUAUUUCCAAAAACGGGGGAGGGGCAGCCCGGCCAAUCAUAAAUCCGCCCCUGUUUACGCUUGCGCUUGUUGGGCCUUAGCAGCAAUAUCCAAGGAGCGAGGCUUGUGGUAUGAAAUUUUCAUUGGCAGACAGACAAAUACCGUAUAUGGUAUUUCCUAGUGUAUGCCAGUUAUAGUUCGUAAAUAAAUCUUAGUAUAAUGAAUAUUGUUCGCAUAUUAAAAAUAAUUAAUGUGUA